UAUAAUAUACAAAGUAAGUGUGCGGUCAGUGUCGACUGUCGCUGCUGCUCUCUUUGCAGCUCUCUCUGCGUGUGUGUGUGUGUGUGUGUUUUUAAACGUGUGCAGAUCGCAGCAGAGAGAGGUAGCUCGUAGUGCGCGGUGUGUGUAUGUGCGUGUGCGGGACAGCUCUGUGUUAUCGUGUAACGUUCCGCGAGCUGAUGUUGCAGCUGCAGCAUUCUCGUCGUCGUCGUCGUCGUCGACACUCUGCGUGUGCAGCGCAAAAGCAAAAUAGCAUGUGCAUUGUUUGAGAGCGAGAAAUUCUCAUAUCGACCCAGCGAAAAUGGGCUGAAUAAUCGGUGCAGGAAUGGAGGUUAGACUCGCCGACUCGCUUCCACUGUCGUUGCUGCUGCUACUAAUCGGCCAAGAGGAUUUGCUUGUGCAGCCGUAGCCCGAGUUGCUGCGGUCAAGGCAUUUUUAUCAUCCUCCUUUCUUUCUUUUUCACGGACAACGAAUUUUUUUAACUUCAAGAAACAUAACGCAUGGAUACACGCAUAGGUUCGCGCGUAAGAAUAUAAUUUCAAUUAAAACGUGCGACAUCGUGCUGUCUUACUGCCGCACCCCCCUCGAAGUGUCUUGAGUGCCAAUCGAAUACUUAUUAUACACUCACGUAUACAUACACAUUACGCACACAUAUAUUUUUGUGUACACUGCUCGAUCGACAUUGUUUUCUCUUUUGGAGUAAGAGGCGUCCGCAGGAAAAAUAACAAAGGUGCAGGCGCCCGAUUAUUGACGUCGCUGUCAUUGACAUCGCUGCCGUUCGAGCGAGAACCUGGCUUUAAAUGAUGGAGGCAGAUGAGCCGCUUCUACAGGGAUACUUGCUCUUGCCGCCUCAGGGCAUGCUCGGACAACUCAAGAAAACCUGGCACAAAAAAUUUUGUCAAAUCUUCAAAGCUAGCAAGUAUGGCAUUCAACGACUUGAAAUUCAUGAGAGUCAAGAAGAUGCUUCUCCACUGCAACACAACCAAAAAAUUAUCACGCUUGAAGCAUGCGUGAAAAUUUCUCCCAGUAAUCAACUUCAUGUCUUUACUUUACUCACUAAAACAGGAGUCUAUCACUUUGGAUGCUCCUCUGAAGCAGAAAUGUCAACAUGGAUAAAUGCAUUUCAAUCAGUUGCUUUUAAAGAUGAGUAUUGUAAUAAUUUAGCUGUUGAAGAAGAUAAUGACUUAUACUGCACCAGCGGAGAAGGUGUUUUUACAGUAAGGAUAGCAGCAACUGAUGCAUCUAGGAAAUGUGGUUUAGAACUAAUGAAGAAUUACACUCUAAUAGUGGGUGCAACAGAAAUGAAACUGAUGGAUGGCAGUAAAAUGUUAUAUACUUGGCCAUACCAAUACAUUAGAAAGUAUGGUUAUCGAGAAGGAAGAUUUACUUUUGAAGCAGGAAGAAGAUGUGGAUCAGGAGAAGGUGCUUUUUGUUUGGAGCAUGAAAAACAAAUUGAAAUCUACAGGUGCUUUGUUUCCAAUAAAACAAAAAUGAAACAGUUACUUAAUGGAGGAGAGAAUAGUCCAACUGUAGAAAAUAACGAGAUGCAGUUUCAUGCCGCCUUAUCUAUGGAAGCCGGCUCUCGAUCGCCACUACCACCUUCUAAAAAUCUCAUAGAUCUCGACAUUGCAUCGUUUUCUUCUCAGAAUUCCCAGAAAACCCUUCUAACGCCGAUAUCUCCGACUGAACCCGUGAAACCUCCAUUGCCAGCCAAACCAAAACCCAUAAAACCUCCGCGAAAGCCAGUGUUCACUACCAAGUUGGAUAAAAAUCCCUUUGAUUUUGAAGAAAUCAAGUACAGAAAAUUGAAUUCUCCAACGUCGCCGGAAAAUUCUCAAAAGAGCAUUGUUGUCACUAACGACGAAAAACAUUCGUACGAUUUAGUGGAAGUACGAAACGACGCCUGGAAAACUCAUGGUGUUGACAAUGUUACUCAUACAGAGAGAUCUGAAAGGCUGAAAUUAACAAAACUGAAGAAUGAGGAAAUUUUGCCAGAGUCACAUUAUGAAACUAUGUCGUAUCCGAUCUCUCCGCAAGGCUCUGUAAAAAGCAGCACUUCUUCCAUAAUUCAUAACAUACCGAGCCCAAACGAUUCGCCGGACUACGACAGACUUCAGCAUUUCGGCUCUUACAAUAAGAAAAGUAAAUCCGGCUACAGAACGCCGAACUUCUCAAUAAUGUCGCAAAAUUCUUCGCAGAAUUUGUCACAACCGUCAAUCGACAUGAAUUCCGUCGCGAGUAAUUACGAUCUCGUGGAUGAUUUAAAUGCGGUGCGACUGGCAGACGACGUUCAUCUCGGUUACGGAAUGAUUAGGAAAAAAUCCAUUCCUUCGCUCGCAUCACCGACCGUUUCUGAGCCAAAGCACAAAAUUAUCAAUGAAACUGAAUACGCCAUUGUGUCAAAGCCCAAACGUGUAUAGUUAGGUGAGGUUGAGGAGUUGUUUGAUUUUUACUGCCAUUUUUAUAAACUUAAUAUGUUUUGCACUGUUGAGGGUCAUUUUAUCGCGUGUCAUAAUGUUUUUUCUUUUUUUAUAAACAAUCUGGGUUGUACAAACCAAUUAGUGUUUUUAAAAAAUGUGAAAAAUCGAAAUUUUUACAUCAAAAGUGGUGUUUUGCAAUAUAAGGCAUAACUACUUUGAAAUAUUUUCCAAAAUGUAAUCAUUCCAAUUUAUUCGAAAAAUCGAGAUGAUUUUACAAAAAGAUUAGAAAGAAUUUUAUAUGUUGAUGUACUUUAAAGUAAUUGUGAUUUUUAUAUUUUACUUCCGUGACAUUUAUCUUGUUCCUUGUUCAAAUCAGAUCAAGUCUUGUACACUCUCUGACUAAUCAAAACUCUGAUUUAGUGUCUAAUUGUUAUAUGAUAAUUGUUAAAAAUAGACUUUAAGAAAACUGAACCAAAUUUCUUUUAAUAUUUAUGUCAAAUUAUUCAACAAUUAGAGUCAAACCAGUGUACUUAUGAAAAGACUUCGUCAAAUGGUUAUACUUGUUAUUUUAUUGUUGCAUUGAAAUAUUUUCUGGUAAAGAAUCAGAGUAGUUUAAUGUAUUUCAAAUAUUUUGUAUAUUUAUAUAUAUAUAUAUUUACAUAUUGGAAACAACUUUUAUACAUAAAGUAUACAUUAACUGAAAUACCAGAGUGUACAAUCGUGAUAUUUCUCUCAUGAGCGACCAAAGAAUGUUGUAAGGGACUAGAUGCAUGAAAAAUUUUUUUGCCAUGAAAGAAAUCAAAAUUGCAAUUGAUAUGUAACACAAGUCAGUUUUUUAAUGCAAAUAGUCUCACGAGUGCCUUGUCAUACUGUAAAGAAGAACAAGUUUUGCAGGAAUAAUUAAGGAUUUAUGUUAAACAUUAAUUGUUAAGAAACAUAGUGAUGUACUGCUAAAUGAAUUUUAACCAUUGUUUAUUAUUAUCAUGUUGUUUAAAUUCACGAUUCAUUUCUUAAAAUGUAGAUACUUCAUUAUUAAUAUUUUAAUAGUCAUUCAUUGAUGUUGUUUUGCAUAUUAAUCAAUAACAAGAGAAUGAUUAUGAUGUAGGAUAUCAAGAAUCUGCAUUUAUAAUAUUCUCUUUGUAUAAUUUUAAAACUUAGGUUACUUGAUAUUAUUAUAAAUUACAUUUCAUUGAUAUGGAAUAUGAACUUUUUUAAAAAAAAUAUUUAGUCUUGAGG